GAGGCUUGUGCAUGCAUGUCCGCAGGCGAGUGGGUGUGUCAAUUUUUAACGAUCGGAGGUAGUAGUUUUCUUGUAGGUGAACUUAUUGGAUUGAUUAUCGCUCAGUUGGGGGAAUACUGGAAUAGUAUUUUGACCCCCUCUUUCGGCAUCAUCACAAUGUCGGGAUCACUGAAUUCAAAUAUUAGUGGGGAUUCAACUGGAAGGCCAUUCACAUCAACCUUUUCUGGUCAGUCUGGAUCGUUUCCUGGUUUCCAUCACUCUGGCUUGCAUAAUAUCCAUGGAAAUCUCAAUCUUGCAUCACUAGCACCAAGGAAUACUUCAUUGUCCGGUAUUCCAUCCCCAGGUGUUCAACAACCUGGGGGUAGUAUUUCUGGUAACCGGUUUCCCUCAAAUAAUCUUCCAGCGUCCAUGUCUCAGAUUCCUCAUGGUCAUUCUGGUAUCAGCAACAGAGGAGGUAUGAAUGUUGGGGGGAACCCUGUAUUUAGUAGUAGCAUGAAUGCUAUUGGUGGUUCAGGACAAGGUUUAUCCUCAAGCCUGAAUGUUGGUAACCGAAAUUCUGCUCCUGGGUUGGCAGCUUCUUCAGUUUUGGGGAAUUUAGGCCCACGGAUAACAAAUUCUGUGGGCAAUAUAGUGGGUGGCAGCAGUAUUGGCAGAAGCAUAAGCUCCGCAGGACUGUCUAUGCCUGGUAUUGCAUCCCGUAUCAAUUCGAGUGGCAACUCUGGAAGUGGGGCUCUUAAUAUCCCAGGAUCCAACCGAAUGAGUAGUAUGCAUCAAGCAUCACCACAGUUCAUGAACAUUCUUGGGAGCUCUUAUCCUACACCUGGAGGGACGCUUUCUCAGAACCAAGUGCAGGCAGGAAACACCUCUUUUGGUUCUUCAGGAAUGCUACAUGAUGGAAACCCUGGUGACAAUUCUCCUUUUGAUAUAAAUGAUUUCCCCCAAUUAACGGGGCGUCCAAAUUCUGCUGGAGGUGGUCAAGGGCAAUAUGGGUCACUGCGAAAGCAAGGAGUAAGUGUAAAUGCCAUUGUGCAACAAAACCAGGAGUUCAGCAUUCAGAAUGAAGACUUUCCAGCUUUACCAGGAUAUAAAGGUAGUUCGUCAGAUUAUGGUAUGGAUUUGCAUCACAAGGACCACCUUCAUGAGAAUGCAAAUAUUAUGCAAGGACAACAUUAUCCUAUGGGUAGAUCAUCUGGCUUUAAUUUGGGAGGUAGUUAUCCACCCCGACAGCAACAUCAGCAGAGCACUACUCCGGUUCAAAACAGCCUUGAUAAUAUCGGGAUAAGGCCGAUAAAUUCUCCAAAUCCGUCUUCUAAUUCUGGGUCUUAUGAGCAACUUAUCCAGCAAUACCAUCAACCGCAGACUCAGAAUUCACUUAGGUCGCAGACGUCUUCAGGCCCACAGUCAUACAAGGAUCAGAGUCUAAAGUCUGUUCAGGGAACACAGACUGCGCCAGACCCAUACAGUUUACUUGCAUUGUUGAAUUUAAUAAGAUCGAAAGAGCCUGGGCCCACAUCUCUCGCCUUAGGGCUUGAUUUGACAACACUAGGGUUGAAUUUGAACUCUCAAGAUAGUCUUUACAAGACGUUUGGCUCUCCAUGGUCAAAUGAGCCAGCUAAAGGAGAACCUGAUUUUCAGAUCCCUGCUUGUUACUCUGCUGAACAGCCUCCAGCACUACAACCAUUCAAUUUUCCGAAGUUUCAGAUCAUGACACUAUUCUACAUCUUCUACAGUAUGCCGAAGGAUGCUGCUCAGUUAUAUGCUGCGAAUGAACUAUAUAACAAAGGGUGGUUCUACCACAAAGAGUACCGUGUGUGGCUCACAAGAAAUCCAAGUGUGGCACCUGCUGCGAAAAAUCCACAUGGCGAACGAGGGUCCUACCUUUUUUUUGAUCCAAAUAUUUGGGAGACAGUUCAGAAGGACAACUUUGUUCUCCAAUAUGACUCUGUAGAGAAGAGACCUGCCCUCCCUUCGGCCAGCCAAAAUGUUAGAUUAUAAGCUAUUGGACUUCUGCAUUUAGAGGAUGUUGAUUUUCUCCAGUCAGAUCAGUACCUGUUAUUAUCAUCAUAGAUUUUAGGGGGCGUACAUUUGUGCAAAAUGAUUCUGACGUGUGAGCUGUUCCGAAGAUGGAGCUUCUGUGUUGGCUGGCGGCCCUGAUGGUAGCUUUAGACAUGUAGCUGAGGAAACUGCGCCUCAUAAUUCGUUGGCUGUAACCAGUAGAGUCGAUUCAGUAUUUCCUUGCUGUAAAUGACUUGGAUAUUUAGCGUCUGGGAACUUCAGACUUGUACUAUCCUGUGCUCUUUAAAUUGAAGUUAGCUUCCAGUA